AUGCAUGAACGUACAUUGAUAGAAUUUGAGCAAGAUACUCAUUUGACCGAUGAAGCAUACAGUGUUUGUCAGACAAAUGGAGUUGUUAGUUCAACCGCUACGUCAAAAAUAGAUCCCACAUGGCAGGCCUGUUGUGGAAUUAGUCCAACAAUUAACAACUUUAAAUUUAGUAAAACUUUUCUGCCUUAUAAACGAGUUAAACGGGUUUCACACGGAACGCCAACAAAACCGGGCGAUUGGCCUUGCUUGUUUCUUGAGGUGGCAGUAUAG